GCGACACCAUCAGCAGCUACCGCGGGAAUGUAGUUUUUAACAGUGACAACGCCAAAUAGGUGUUGUUUACAUAGUCAAAUAUUUUUGAACGAACAAUGUUUUGGAAGUGUCAUUUGGUUCGGUCGAGAUCUAGGUCACCGGUUAUUUCAUACGUCUGAUAUUAUGGACAUAUUUGGGCGUUUUGUUGUGAAUUUGCUCUUCCGGGGUGCUAGCCAGUCAGCUAGAUAGUUAGCUAAAUUACUCAACUAGUGUCACUUCAGGGAAAUGUGUUUCUUGUGACACAACGGAAACAUAAUUUCACAGUGGUUCACACCUCCAAGAGUUGGUCCUUUAUUGUCGUGUUAAUCGAAGACCCGUCUUAUACAGGAUUCCUCCGGAAUUUGGCCUGCUUUCGAAGAGUCGCGAUGCUGAACGUCCCAUCCCAGUCGUUCCCUGCAGCCAGCUCUCAGCAGCGUGUUGCUCCAGCCGGUCAGUCCGGCAGGAACAAGGUAGCAUUGAAGCCUGGCCACAGUCUGAUGGACUGGAUCAGUGUGGCUAAGAGUGGCCAGGACCUGACAGGGCUGAGAGGCAGACUUAUAGACGUCACGGGGGAGGAGCUGCAAAAACACAACACACGUGAUGACUGCUGGACCUGCAUACGAGGCAUGGUUUAUAAUGUGAGCCCCUACAUGGAUUUCCACCCUGGAGGAGAAGAGGAACUGAUGAAGGCAGCUGGGAUAGACGGAACAGACCUUUUUGACCAGGUCCACCGGUGGGUGAACUAUGAGUCCAUGUUAAAGGAGUGUCUGGUAGGGAGGAUGGCUGUGAAGGCCAGCACUGCUCUCAAAGCUCAGUCUGUGAUAAAGGACAGCAUCACUCAUUUAAAUGGUCUAGCCCCCCCUCCUCCGCCCACCUCCAUGCUCCCUCCUGCUUUCCUCACCCCUCCCUCACCCUCCUCAUCACUGCAACCCUCAGCCGCCCCGCCACCGACCCAACCCAAAGACGCCCGGCCCAGGUAUGACUGGUUUCAAACUGAUGUCACAGUCAAUAUUGUGGUUUACACCAAACGGAAGCUCCCCAGCUCUGGCUGCACCAUAGUUGACCUGCAAGAUGGUGUUCUACGGGUGGAAGUUCUUCUGGGGAAAAUGUCCUACAUACUGCGUCAACGUCUAGCCCAAGAAGUAGAUGGAAGCGUUGCUGUCCACACAGCGUGUGCUGUGGGGAAGAUUCAGGUCAGCAUGCGUAAAGCGGCCAAAGGAAAGUGGGAGGAGCUUGGUGAACCACUGGAAUUCCAUGAUUCUCUUUUCAGGAAGAAAGAUCGAGCCAUCUUCUACAGAGAGUGUAUGUUAGUUUCUAAGACAGCAGUCACACACGACACCUGGGUGUUCCGGUUACAGCUCCCUCUAGGGACGCUCAUGCACGUGCCGGUUGGGAAACACAUCUACAUCAAGUCCCUCAUCCAAGACAGUGAGGUGGUGAAGCCCUACACGCCAGUCGAGGAAACACUGGUACCAGCUACACUGGACUCCACACAGGGGACUGCAGCCACUGACAUCUUCCUCAUGAUCAAAGUCUACCCAGAUGGAGUGUUGACUCCACACCUAAACAACCUCAACAUCGGUGACCACCUGUCUGUCAGCAGCCCAGAUGGUCCAUUCAGUCUCCGCCUCCUGCGCGAGGUCACUCACCUCUACCUGUUAGCAGCCGGCACGGGGUUCACGCCGAUGGCUCGGGUGAUCCGAUUGGCUCUCCAGGACCUGGGCUCACUCAGGAAAACCAAACUGAUGUUCUUCAACAAACAGGAAAGAGACAUCCUGUGGCACUCUGAACUUGACGGCCUCGCAGCUGAAGAUGAGAGGUUCCAGGUGGAGUAUAUUCUGUCAGAGCUGUGUGAUGGGUUCUGUUCUGCUCUAAUCUAUGGUUCCAGGUUCCAGGUGGAGUAUAUUCUGUCAGAGCCGUGUGAUGGGUGGGCAGGCAGGAAGGGGCGGGUUGAGGCCUCCAUGCUGACUGACUUCCUGGUUAGGCCUGAGGGGUCAAAGGUCUUUGUGUGUGUGUGUGGUCCCUCAGCCUUCACUGAGCUGACUGUGGGGUUGGUGAGACAGCAUUGUUUCAGUGAAGAGGAGAUUCAUGUUUUCCAGGGCUGAGUGUCAGUCUCAGAAAUUACAGCCUGAGGUGCCAAUGGGACAUUGAGAGAACAACGUGUGUGUGUGUGUGUGUGUGUGUGUGUGAGUGAGAGAGAGAGAGAGAGAAGUGUGUGUGUUUGAGAGAAAGGAGACACAAUUUGUGAGAGAGUGUGGGAGAGAAGAGAUGUUAUUGGGCUGCAGGCCAAUGUGUUUUUUGGAACAAUGUCUUUCUAUGCACUGUAGACUGAACUGAUGGACCUGACUUCUGGGGUUAGCAGCUCUGUCUCUCUCUAUUUCUGUCUGUCUUACUCUCUCUGGUGCUUUGAAACACGGAUGGACAGUCAUUCUCUCUGGACGCCAAGGACGUGACUGCUGGUGAAUCACACACAAAGGAUGAAUGGCCAAUUACCCAGCAGCACUGAACCCUCAGGUCAACAACAUCAGCUCACUGUCUGUCUCUCUCUGUACCAGAACUCUUUGAACUGUCCUGUCCUUGUGCACUCCUCUGCUCUGACGAGAGCGAGAGAGAGAAAGAGAGGGGGGUCUGGGGUUGUUUAUGAGAGGUCACUACCAUGUCUUACAUACUGUAUAUCAAUCUAUUGCACAGUCCCACACAUUGUGAUGUUAUUUUUGCUGUCGCUUCCCCCCCCCCCCCCCCCCACCCCAAAAAGCAGGACUUUAUGAGCGUUUAAUUUUUAGUUCUGAUCAUUACAUCUUUCUUUUGUUGAAGAAGUAAUGAGAAUUUCCAACCUGCUGUUGGCAUAUGAGACAUCCUCCUACAGGGAGUUAUUAUUAUUCAGAUAGUUGUUUUGGCUGUGCUGCUGCUAUAUCUGGUAUGUUCUGCAGCCUGUGGUUCUGUUUGAGAGAGACUGAUAGUUAAGCAGACCAGUCUUCAGUAUCGGUACAUUUACAGUCUCUCUUUCUCCAUCUAUAUCUCUCUCUUUUAUCUUUCUUUCUCCCCACUCUCUCUCACAGGUUGAUGUUGUAGUACACACAGUAGGUGAUGAAUACCAAUGGGAAUACAUUACACAAUACAUAAAACACCUACGUAAAUGUAUUCAAUAUAAUAAAAAUAUCAUUUUAUUCAUGUAUUUAAUUCAUUAAUACCUCAAGCCCACAGUGAUUUGAUUAAGUGCUUGAUGUUUGAAGCAGUUAAAUGAUUCUAAACUGCAUCCGGGAACCCUGACCGUGCGUCCUUGACUCUUUCUCACUCUUGUGAAAUACAUGAGGUUGUUAAGGCCCCAACUAUCGUGAUUUCUCCUCGUGGAACAUCAAACUGCCAGACCGAACUAUGUCAAUCCUGCAGAGUUGUUCUAUGCUAUGAGUGCUCCCUCUGAUGUAGCUCCUCUAUUAACCUAAUAAGAGGGGCUCUCAUCUGGCCGUUUCCAGCUGCAGUCAGUCCGUCUGCCUCUUUAGAUGUAUCCUUUCAGACGUCAUUACUGACUCAAUCUGGGUCAAAAUGGAACAAAAUGUCCCAUGAAAUUGAAGUUGUAUUUUCAUGAAAUGUCGUUUUGGAGGAAGAAUCUUUUAUAUUGGACAUUGGUAUCUAGAAAAGAUGUUCAUGAAUGUAUGUGAUCUUGGACUUUUCACCGUUUUUUUCUCUAAUUUGUACUCUCUAGAUCGUAUGGAAGGUGCCAUUUAAAAACCUUACCCUUGUGUGGCAUUUACUUUUUAAUAACAUUAAAGUACAUAAUGUCAUGGUCA